AUGGCGGAGGCCCGGACCCAGGAGACGAGGCCGCCAGGCGAGCACGGGAGCGAACGAUUCUCAGCCCAACUGAAACCGAGGGACAAGUCCUGCGCGUGCGCGAUCCAUCCAUGGCGCAGACGCCGGAAGGCACCACUGCUCCCGUCCAGGCUCCGGACAGGGUGCCGCGGCCCAUCUCGGAGCUGCCCGCCGGCUACGUCUUCCAUCCCAAGGCCCGCAGCCUCCUCAAGAGCUACUACCAUCACCAGGGCGCGCGGUGGCGCCAUCAAGGACCCUUACGAGGACACUGUCGCCGACGGCGUCGACGUCUACGCCGUGCGGCCGGAGGCGCUCCCGUUCCCGCGCCGCAACAGGGGCCUGCACGGCCAUGUCUGGGCCUACUUCUUCACCACGCGGCCCGCGGGCGCGGCAGGAAUCGGCGAGGCGGAGGGCGGCGGCGAGGACGACGACUUCCGGGACGUGGCGGCGGGCGGGUGCUGGCGGCGGUACGGCGGCGGCGACAAGGAGUACGUCGGCCGCGACGGGGAGGUCUACGCGUUCCGCCGCAGGUUCGCGUUCCACGAGGCCGGGGCCCGCGGCAAGAAGACGGUGUGGAGGAUGAAGGAGUUCCGCCUCAAGGAGACCGCGCCCGCUUCCGCGGUCUGGAACCAGGUGAUCCCAGAGGAGGAGCCGGCGGUGGACUACUACGGCAACGGCGGCAUGAACGACGAGGAGGAGGAUGAGGAGGAGAUUGGACCGGUCGUGAUCACGGUGGGAGAUCCAGCCGCCGACCCCAAUGCAUGA